AUGAAGUUCAUCGCAUCCCUUCUCCUACUCGCCACCACGACCAUCGCCGUCCCCGUGGCCAACGCCGAGGAGUCCAAACACUUCCACCUGAAGACUAGCGGCGCCACCAACUCCGACCACAACAACCUUUAUGUAUAUGCCUACCACACAGGCGCGGGUCUCAACGACGCCGUGCUCACUGAGGACGUGAACACCGCCAGCCCUGCCUACCUGAACGGCACAAAGACUCUCUUCGACCUCAAGACCGAAUUCCCCUGGGGCAUGAACGCCCCCGGCGUUACCAACUAUGCCUCUUGGGCGCCCAUCACUAUCAACGCCGGCGAAGGCAACGACGGAUUCUCCCUCAAGGGCGACGACUUCGUGUGGUCGGAGGAAAUGGGCUUCGGCGGCUGGCUAGUAUGUGACUGGUUCCACAAUGCGCCCCAGCUGUUCUACCUCUACAACUACUACGACGCCAAGAUCCCCUCCAGCUGCUCCGAGGUCGACCUGAAGGCCGAGUACAUCUAA